AUGAGAACCAGCAUGGUUCCUGAUACUAGUGGAAACCAAACAUUUCAAUACUUGACCACUUAUUACUUUGUUUCAGGUCCACCACAAAACGUGAUUGAUCCAAAUUCUAUAGCAGCUGACGGAGACGAUUCUCAAGCAGAAUCGAGUAUUACACAAAACGCAAACGGAACCAUGGCUAUAGCUUCUUCCAACGGAGGAAAUAAUAAAGGUCGGGCCAAAACACAAGUCAGCGGGACAUACGCAGGAAGUGGCACAUUUCAAGCUCAAGCUGAAAUAAGUGACGAAAGUAAAGGAGCACAAAGUGAAGUAUCAGGAGGAAAACACGGCGCAAUCAGUAUUGCUCAAGGACAUAGCAGGAAUAGCAAAUCACAAGCAAAUGUUAAUCUUGGUUCUGAAACUGGCUCUUUAACCUCGGGUGCUCAAAGCGAUGGAGUAAUGCAUUCAUCAAAUACCCAGGUCCAAGGUGGAGUUAAAGGAGGAUCAUCGGAGGCCCAAGCUCGUGGUCCAGGAAGUACUUCUUCCCAGGCUCAGAUCGGUUUUACCCCAUUUAAAGAUAGCGAUAAAGCAAACCAUGACCUAUUUAAAACCCCAUUUGUAGGAGCUGGUAAAGCAUCUUCUCAUUCUAACGGGCGUAUAGGAGAGUCACAGUCACAGCUCGAAGGCACAUUUAAAUAUGGAAUCAAAUAUACUGGAGCAGCUCAAUCUGGAGCUAGCUUGGAUAAAGAUGCAGUAUUCGCCAGUCGACUACCUUUCAACAAAAUCGACGUUUUUGAUAAAAGUGAUGUAAAUAUAAACGUUGAUGACACAGAGAGACCACCAGAUGUAACACCUUUGCCUUUACCUGACAUAAAUGACGUACAAAACAAUGUUCUCAAUAUAACCGAGAAACCACAGGACCAGUCUAUAAGCAGAAUGGCCAGUCAUAGCCACAUGGAUCACCAUACACCUGGCAAUGAGAAUAAAGCAGCUCCCACAAGCACACCUCCAGCAGGAAACACACGAUCGUUCCAACCGCCAUAUGCAAAUAAUAACGAUUUCGAUUAUACGAGUGAUAAAGAAGAUAAUCCUACAGAAGACUACGAUGCAGACGGAGGGUUUGGCCCUGAAGGUAGUGACCCCGUGGAUGGAGAGUACAACUAUGAUGACUUUGGAAAAGACACCGAGACACAUCAAUCUCUGCAUAGUCCGAGCAGAAAAAGUUUUGAAAUCAAACAAAGUACCGGCGGAAGUACACAACACAUUGUAUUGGGGUCCUUGCUUGGUCAAGACGCUGUAAUAACACAAAGAAAUACUGAUCCAAGACCAGACGAAAGCAGAAUCUAUCAGCCCGGCGAGAGUGUACCCGGAACCGGAGGUUAUACCAUACCCGUCGGAUUUACAGGGAGCGUCAAAUCAGUGGCUUCCAAGCAAAACACUUACGCCAUUGGUUCGAGACGUUCUCCAUCGCAAGCUCAAACAGUGUCAAUAACUCCUGGAAGUGGUAAAGUGAAAUACGUGUAUCCUAACCCUAACGUGCCGCCUCACGGGAAAUAUGUAGCGCCAAAGGACUUGAGAUCUUACUCUAAUAACAAUAAAGACGACAACAACAGAUAUGUGUCAGUAUCAAAGACAAUAACAGGAGAUUUAGACGGCGAAAAUAAUAUUAGAAAACAAUACUCACACACAUAUUACACGAAAUCAUCAUCUUGCGGAUAUUUUACUUUUACUUGCACAAUGGUCAGUGGACCCAGUGGUAGAAAAAAAGUAUGCAAACCAAAAAUACCUACAAACCCCGAUGGGACACCAAUGAGAUGUUGAAAAUUUCAGAAAUAAAUCUAGCUGAAUUACUGUUUAAG